GAUAAAACCCAAAACAUCCGGUACUGUUUCCCAUGGAAACGAAAUCUUGUGCCGAAACCUACCAAGGCUAGAUCGUCACAGUAACAUGAACAUGCAAUGUCAGCUGUAAAAUUCAAGUAGUGAAUACAUUCAAAUAUCAACAUAUAACCUUAGAAUUACGGACCCUGCAAUGUGCACGAAAAUGAAUCCUGAUCGUUUCAACCCUACCCUCUCAGUUGAUGAGUACCUUGCUAUUCACCCUCUCUCCUCUGGCAGCUGAGACCAACGUGCUUUUCUACCUGAACGAUGCUGUGACCCAGCUUCUGGAGCACAAGGAGGAAUACACCCAGUUUGGCAUCGUCCGUUACUUUGCAGAAUACUUUAGCAGUGUGAAGAACGGCAACCACGUACUGUUCAGAGAGUUCGGUUACAUCAAGGCCACAGCUCAUAACAGGGCCUCCUUCAUCCGCGUCCUCUGGAGGUGCUUCCGACAGAUCGGGAAGAAUGGAGACCUCCUGGCCAUGUUGGAGUACAGCUCACUUCUGCAGCUUCUCUGUCCAGACUUCCCAGUGGAGAUGGUACAACAUGCAGCAAGGAUAGUGCUAAUGGAUGAUGCCAUGGACUGCCUCAUGUCGUUCUCGGAUUUCCUCUUCUCUUUCCAAAUCCAGUUCUACUUCGAAGAGUUCCUGGAGAGUAUUGCUGUGAUCUACCAGGACCUGCUGUCAGGGAAAAGCCCCAACACUGUGAUCGUCCCAACCUCUACCUCAGUGGAACAGCUCCCCCAGGUGGCCACAGAGGAAACUGAGGCCCAGGAAGGAGUGGACUCCUCUGUCUUUGGAGAGUGCAUCGAGGUGCUUUGUGAAAGGUUCAAACACAACCAUCCUUCUACAUCUGCCAUUAGAGAGGUUCUGGAGCUAACACAGAGAGUGACAUUCUAUGGCUUUGUGAUGGCUCUGGUCAGACAUGAGGGCGUCAACCAGGACAUUGGUGCCCUACCAAACAAGUCAGAGCUUCUCAUUGACCCUGAGAUGGACCAGGAAGUGGAGAAACUCAUUGCCCAGAUCGCUAUCAGUCCUACGUCCAACAGCAGCAGCAGUGUACCAGGACACAAGGAGCCCCCUAGGAAGGCCUCCCCACGCAAGUCCCUUCACCACCGCAAGAGGAUCGAGAUGGAGAGUGACGGAUCCACCGAGGAGACAGACUCCUCAGAGAACUGAGCCUGAACUGAGGCUGACCUCCCAAUGGCCCAUGGUCUCCCAUUAACACACUUAUACUUCCACUGACGGACUAAACUUGUCAUUAACCCUGUUACAACUAUAGUGUCUGUGUUACAACUGUGUACUUUAGGCUUAUUACUCUAGGCCAAUUUCUGUAGAACUGUUAUAUAUUUAGUUCUAUGAAAACCUGUCUGAUGAUUGCAUUCCCUGUCUGAAAAGUGUGAAAGUUUUAUUUUACAAUAACAUCUCUUCAGGUCGGAACUGUAAUUCAGUGUUCCCUACCUGGUAACACGCAUUAUUUUAUGUAGUUAUUUAUGAUGUGGUAUAUUUGUAUGUAAUUUAUGAUUACCAACCCUGUAUCAACUAAUAUAAAGAUUGUUGCUGUGUGUCA